ACUCUCUCUCUCUCUCUCUCCCCCUCUCUCUCUCUCUCUCUGAGCCAGCGCCAGCAUCAGCAUCAGCGCCAGCGCCAGCGCCAGCAUCAGCAUCAGCAUCAGCACCGUAGCAGCUCCCUUUCUACACUGUGAGCUUUCUACCCUUCACGGCUGAACCAACGCCCCUCAGUUUUCUCACCCUUCUGCUGAGGUUGUUGCUUAUUAUUGAAGAAAUAAAUGGCUUCUCAGCCAUGAACUUGUUAUAUUUGAUUUCAAUUGGAACUGCUUAUCUUCUCUGAUGGACUCCAAGACUAGCACUAAAGCUCCUCCAAAACACCAUCACAGGACAGCUGUGAUCCAAACCUUAGAAACAAAAGACACCAAGCCUUCUCAUCUGCAGGUUCCGAAGGCGGACAAGCCUGAGCUGGCUGCUUCUGGAGAUUUAUCAAGGCUUGCACAAAACGCAUUGAAGCAGAAUACUGGGGAAACUUCCGAAGACAAGAAGUUGGGAAGUUCAACUAAAAAGGGGUCUGAUUCCCUGAGUAAAAGAUUUGGUUCUGGACCCUCUGGUUCUGAACAGGCUGUUAAUGAGACCAGAGGCUCUCAGGAAAACCUUAUUGAUCAAGAGAAAAAGUCAUCGGUAUAUGGAAGUGUGAAGAACAGUUCUGUUUCGGCCAAAAUAAGUGAUGGGGCUAGUAGUAUUGCAAAGACCAGUGGAAGUGCCAAGAUCAGUGAUCGAGCUGAUCCUGUUGAGAGUGGUAAGAGCAGUAUUUGCAGAGGGAGCACAAGUAGUGAUGUGAGCGAUGAGAGUAGCUGCAGCAGCUUUAGUAGCAGCAUUAACAAGCCUCACAAGGCUAAUGAUUUGAGAUGGGAAGCCAUCCAAGCUGUUCGAGCUAGAGAUGGGGUACUGGGUUUAGGUCACUUUAGGCUACUGAAGAGGUUGGGUUGUGGAGAUAUUGGCAGUGUAUAUCUCUCUGAACUGAGCGGAACUAAAUGUUAUUUUGCAAUGAAGGUAAUGGACAAGGCAUCCCUGGCUAGUCGUAAAAAACUACUCCGUGCUCAGACAGAAAGAGAAAUACUUCAGUCAUUGGACCACCCCUUCCUUCCGACUUUGUAUACCCAUUUUGAGACAGAGAAGUUCUCGUGUUUGGUAAUGGAAUUCUGCCCUGGUGGGGACUUGCAUACUCUUAGACAGAAGCAGCCAGGGAAGCAUUUUCCUGAGCAGGCAGUAAAGUUUUAUGUGGCAGAAGUCCUCCUGGCUUUGGAGUACCUUCACAUGCUUGGGAUUGUCUACCGUGAUCUUAAGCCAGAAAAUGUACUUGUUAGGGAUGACGGACAUAUUAUGCUCUCUGACUUUGACCUUUCCCUCCGUUGUGCUGUUAGUCCAACCCUUGUAAAAACCUCAUCUACAGAUUCUGAGCCUUUAAGAAAGAAUCCUGGUUAUUGUGUCCAACCUGCAUGUAUUGAGCCGCCAUCCUGCAUCCAGCCUUCUUGUGUUGCUCCUACUACAUGUUUUUCACCCCGACUCUUUUCCAGCAAAUCAAAGAAGGAAAGGAAACCCAAAACUGAAAUUGGCAAUCAAGUGAGUCCACUACCCGAGUUGAUAGCAGAACCCACUGAUGCUAGGUCAAUGUCAUUUGUCGGAACCCACGAAUACCUGGCACCUGAGAUCAUUAAGGGUGAAGGUCAUGGAAGUGCAGUUGAUUGGUGGACUUUUGGAAUAUUUUUAUAUGAGCUGUUGUUCGGGAAAACACCGUUCAAGGGAUCUGGAAAUCGAGCUACAUUGUUUAAUGUUGUAGGCCAGCCUCUGCGGUUUCCAGAAGCACCCAUUGUCAGUUUUGCAGCAAGGGAUCUUAUAAGGGGGUUGCUUGUCAAGGAACCUCAGCAUAGAUUGGCAUAUAAAAGAGGGGCUACUGAGAUAAAGCAACAUCCGUUUUUUGAAGGUGUGAAUUGGGCAUUGAUCCGGUGUGCUACCCCGCCAGAGAUCCCCAAGACAGUAGAGUAUGAGAAGAUUCCUUCCCCAGCUUCAUCAGCCAGUGAAAAGGCUGUUCACCAUAAGUCAAUACCUGAUCAUAAAGGUUCUGAUAAUUACCUUGAGUUUGAUUUCUUUUAGGGACAACCCAGUAUAUUGAUUAAAACAAGGUUCAUAUGUUAGGGAGGGAGGGGCCGUUAUUUAAUGUUUUCACUUUUCAGGAACAGAUGAAGUAUUGUAUGCUUGUUUUUCUUGGCUGUUAAGUUUUAAAUUUGCAUGGCGUAAUUAGUGA